AUGGACCGGAGUGACGUCCUCGAGUCGGAACCUGAGCCUUCGCCGAUUCGAUCCUUGAAAGAACGGGGCACACAUGUGCCAAUGUCAAAGACACCAGCAGCUGACGGGACAAAGUGGAAGACGAUCGAGUCGGUGGGGAAUGCCCCGACUGAGCGCUGGGGUCACACUGCAACAAAGAUAUCGGAUGAUCGCGUAGUCGUGUACGGCGGAACAGAUGACGAGGAGCGCACACUUGGAGACUUGCACGUGUUCGACAUGAAAACGCACCGCUGGACGACGCCACUCAACUGUGAAACGAUUCCCCGCACAUGGCAUGACGCAGUCUACCUGCCUUCAAAGAACUUGGUCCUUGUGUUUGGGGGCGAGCGCACUGAAGCUGGUGAUGGCAAGCUUGCCGUUCUUUCCGACAUUAUGGUGCUGGACACUGAGUGCUUCCUGUGGUUCCCACCCGCAGUUCGUGGCACACCUCCAUCAGCAAGAAGCGGUCAUACCUGCACUGCUAUUGGGAACAAGGUUGUGGUGUUUGGUGGUCGAACAGGACGGAAUCGGCGAAGCACGGUGCACAUGUUGGACACUGACGACUGGAAUUGGAAGGCGGUACAAGUCGAAGGAAAAGCUCCUAGUGGCCGCACCUACCACAGUGCUGUCGCUAUCGACGACGACAAGAUCGUCUACUUUGGAGGCAAUGGCUCUUCCAAGAGUUUCAACGAGGUGUACGUGCUACAGAAAACCAUGGGGAAAACAGCAAGUGAUCCCGUGUGGACGUGGUUCCAACCCUGUGUAGUCGGUGAGCCUCCACAAGAACGCACAGGCCACUCUGCGACGCUUCUGCAUGACGGCUGCAUUUUCAUUUUCGGUGGUUGGGAUCCGCAACGAGAUGAUGCGAAUGCACCAACGAGCGUGUUCAAUGACUCGUUCGUAUUGAACACGAAGUCAUGGGAGUGGCGGCCUGCUGCUACCUGCAAUUCCGACGACGAAAGCACGGAGGUUAUGUCACAAGGGCGUGUUGGACAUGGUGCGGUCAGGCACAGCGAUGGACGUGUGUACUUUUUUGGCGGUCAAGAUAGUGCCGAACACCGACUCAAGGACAUUUGCACGGCAUCAAUUUCCCAAGACACGGACGAGUAG